AUGCCGACGGCUACAAAUGUUCAACCGAAAACGUGUUCGUUUAUCAUCAAAGUUCCUCCCAAUCAAUUGACUGAAAUUUUUUGCCCAGUCGUAAAUUUUACUAACCCAGGAAGUUAUUUGCAAUUCAGCGGAAUUUCCGAUUUAAACAUGGCCUUGACGCCGCUGGCCAACCGAGUCUACACUUCCGGCGUCAAUUUGAUUUAUUUGAACUCUCAAAUUGAUGUCAGUAAAGAUUGGUUUAAUUGCACAUGGUCAGCUGUUCCGGCUCCAUUGACAACGGAUUUCAAACUCUGUCGCCAUGGAGGGACAUCGUCGUCCACUGGGACCCUCCAACCAUUUUUAGAGGAUCUUAAAACGGGAGAACCGAGAGAAUGCUAUUUCUUCAUUGAAUUGCCUUUGGAUGAGAAAAUUGAGAUUUCGUGUUCAUCCAUGAACUUGUCAAGUCCUGGAAGUUAUUUGCGGGUCGUCGGUGUGUCUGAUUUUGACGAGAAUUCGCCCGUAGAAAACGGAACUUAUUUGUCAAAUGACGCGAGCGUCCUUGUGUAUUCCCAAUUCAACAACGGCGAUUGGUUCAAUUGCAUUUGGAAGUCAACAACCAGCCCUGUUCCAAUGACGACGACCUCGGCCACCUCAAUUUCUACUACACCGACCUUGUCCGGAAUGACGUCUUUGGGGUCUUUGUCAACAUCAACCACGGGAUUCGCCCAAACGUCUGCCAAGAUUUACCCAACAACAACAACGACUUCCACGACAACUGGAACCCCAUCAACAACUUCAAGCGCCAAGGUCACGACGACAGAAGCUGCAACUUCAACGCCAACAUCAACCAUCUCGUCGACAAGAGACCGCACCACUACCAUUGCUGAUCAAACAACCUCAACAACAAGAUCAUCAACAACGGAAACGACGACGCAAGCGAAGACCACAACGGCGACCACGAUUCCUUCAACUAUUAUCUCAUCGAAAACGACGGCCGUCACCAGCUUAUCAUCGACGCCAAGCACUACAACUACUUUGCCGGCUGAUUUGACUUGUGUGAGUCCUGAUCCAGGAUGCGGAUUGGUUUGUGGCCCAGUGACGUCAACGGGAGGUGUUGUGCAGACUCGCAAUUUUCCCGCCGACUACGUGAGUUCAUCUAAUUGCUUCGCCAUUAUUAAGAUAGCAGCAGGAAGUGGAAUCCAAUUGACGUUCACCCACUUCAAUGCGGCGCCUGGCGACUUCGUCACUGUUUACGAUGCACAAUCCAGAACAUUAAUGAGCCAGACGACUGGAAAUCUUUUUACGCUACCAGUUUUAAAUACUUCCACCAACCAAAUGAGCAUCAAUCUUAUAGGCCUUCCUAGUCACACACCACCUGGACCAUAUAAUUUGCGUGCGACUUUCACAGCGCUAGUCUCGACUACUACCACCACAAAGCCAGUAACAACCUCCACAACAGCAACAACUUCCACAACAGCAACAACAUCGACGACAAAGCCAAGUUCUACCACGACAACGACGGCCAGCCAGUCCAGCAGCACCUUGAGCUCAAGUACAACAACCAAGGCUACAACAACAACUCCUUUGCCGACUCUUUUCAGUUACACCGUUUCUGAUCCAGGUUGCGGAACUAUGUUCACCAGUCUGACAUCAACGGGAGGCGUCUUCCAGUCUCCCAACUACCCCGGCGACUACGGGAAUUAUGCCAGGAGUUGCAAUGCCAACAUAACGGCGCCAGCAGGAUGGAUGAUCCAAUUAAACUUCACCACCUUCAAUGUGGAGAUUAGCAAAGCCUUUAUCUAUGUUUGGGAUGAUAUAAAGCCCUUAAUGGAAAUUGAUUAUUCCGGAAACACACAUCUUUCCAUAUCCGCGAUAACAACCAACGCAAUGCAAAUCUUGUUUCAAAUGGAAAGCAGUAGUAAACCCAGCACCGCCAUAUACAAUUGGCGGGCGAAUUUUUCUGUGACGAGCCAAGGGAGUUUCUGUUCCCUUGAAACGGCAGCAGGAUGCGACAACAUGUGCACCAACGUGACGUCAUCGGGCACAGGUGUUGUCCAGUCUCCCAACUUCCCCGCCGACUACGGGAAAUUUGACAGGUUAUGCCUAGUCACCAUUGUCGUGCCAGCGGGAAAGAGGAUCCAAUUGAAAUUCAACAACUUCAAUUUGGAGACUCAAUUCAGUACUAUUUUCGUUCAAGACAGAAGCUCGCUUUAUUUGAAUGGUUAUACCGGAAGUACUAUCCCCCCGGUGUUCACCACAGCAUCCAACUUAGUGCAUUUGACUUUUAACAACGUUGGCACUAGUAUAGCCCACACCAAAACAUACGGUUUCAAACUAACUUACACUGCUGUGUGACGGUAAUAUGGCAUCUCUU